AUGCAAUGCUUGCGGUUCGUGGACGUGACCGCGUGGGAUUUAACUUCCAGUGAAUGGCGUCGGCUGCUGCUUCAGCUCCCAGAUCACGAGCAGAAGCAGGUGACGCGCUUCAUGUUCGCGAAAGACCAGAAGCUAGCGCUCGCUAGUCGCUUGCUGCAGCGACAGCUCAUCCACGAGCUCUUCGGAGUUGAAUACGACACCAUCGAUAUUGCGCGUACACCCGAGAAUAAACCGUAUUGGAAUCGUUUACCGGGAAACCCCGCUCCGUCAUCGUGGAACUUCAAUGUCUCGCAUCAUGGCACCAUCGUUACAAUUGCCAGUGACGCUCGUAGCUUAGUGGGUGUGGACGUCGUUCGACUAACGGAUCGACCGCAUCGCAAGACGUCGAUCGAGGAUUUUUUCCGAGCUUUCACGGGCCAUUUCAACCCAGGAGAAUGGGAAUAUAUCCGCGGAGCAGAAGAUGAAGAUCGUCAAUAUAUUCGAUUCUAUAAACUAUGGUCUCUCAAGGAAGCGUACAUUAAGGCGGUGGGAAUCGGACUAGGCUUCUCGUUACUCCGAGCUGAGUUUCGUUGCGUACGGACCGUUCUCGGCGAUGUGGAAACCCGAUACAAGCUCCCUAUUUCAUGCUGA